GUCUGACUCUGGUAGGUUAAGCAGGAACCAAUACGCUGCGUUGGGAAUGACGCUGAAUAUAUAGAUACCGACGUAUUUGACUUCAAAGCUAGCCACGUGCCCUUCAAGGGAUUGAUCGUUGCAGUCCUGAGAUCGAACCUUCUACGCGAAAUAUUAUCACUCGAGAGGUCUAGAGGAAGCCCGCAAGGAGACGGAGUUGGGGACUGCUGGGAUGACCUUGUCGAUCACAGAGCUACUACCGUCACAAUGUCGAGGUUACUGACCAGGUUUUCCAAGCUGGUCGUGCUAUCGUACAUCAUCGACUGGGCUGUAAUCAUCGCUACAGCUUUAGUCGGCUAUGCCUUCUCCAAGGUUACCCCGAACCAUAACCCAUUCUCGCUGGCUGACCUGAGCAUCUCCUAUCCGUACCAGGCAAACGAGACCGUCACCACGGGGACCCUGGCGCUCGUAGCUGUGAUGGCCCCAGCGGUGAUCAUCCUGGUCGGCAGUUUCCUGCUCGUGCCCGGCGCGGCUGUCGAAGGGAAUGGCUCUCGUUCCCAGAUGUGGAGGCGCAAGCUGUGGGAGUGGAAUGCGGGAUGGCUGGGACUGGGAGUCGCACUGGCGGGGGCUUUCCUCACGGUACAGGGGUUGAAAGACCUGAUCGGUAAACCGCGGCCGGACUUUCUGGCUCGCUGUGACCCGGACCUAUCCAAGAUCAAGACAUAUACUGUCAGUGGCCUGGGAACAGAGCUGAGCGGGGCCCCGACGUUGGUGACCUGGGAGAUCUGCCGAAACAAAACCUCAAUGGUCAAAGGGGAUGGCUUUGCAAGCUUUCCUAGUGGCCAUGCAUGCUUCUCCUUCGCAGGGAUGACCUAUUUGACGCUUUGGCUCUGCUCCAAACUCCAAAUCGCGUUCCCGUAUCUCCCCUAUUAUUCGUCUCGACCCGGUUAUCUCUCAAAAACAGAAGCGGAUACCCAGAGUAACAGCCUGCCACGAUCCUCGUCUUCGGCUUGGAGAUUAGCUAUCCGAAGCCAAGGGGCCGCGCCGCCGGUUUAUAUGCUUAUCGUCGCCCUUGUUCCACUCGGCACCGCGUCCUUCAUCGCAGCCUCGCGCUGGUAUAAUCACCGACAUCAUGGGUUCGACAUCUUAUUUGGGACCGCCUUGGGCAUAUUUUUCGCCUGGAUCGGGUUUAAAUGGUAUCAUCUGCCCAUCCGACGCGGGGCAGGUUGGUCGUGGGGCGCCAGAAGUCGCAAAAAUGCCUUCUUCAAGGCGGUUGGCUUUCCUAGCCCUGUCGGCGAUGACAAUUGGUCCAGCAGGGGUGGUGUGCGACAACCAGAAGAUAUCGAAAAUGGGGAUGCGAUACCUGGUCUUGCACAGUCAUCGGGAACUCGAGGGGUCGAUAUAUAAUAUACCAACUCGACAAUGACCCUGGGAUUCGGAUCGUAUAGCUCUAUUUGACAUGUAUGAGGGGGUUUCAAGUUCAGACUGGUGCGAAGGAGGAGGAGGAGGAGUAGCCAUAGUAGUAUAAAAAGUUGAUAUCUGUGUAUGAAUAUUAAUGGUGAUCAUCAAUGGCAUGAUAAAACAGUGUGCAAUAAA